AUGUCACUUGUCAUGCGACCUAUAACGGACUCAUUCGGCCGCGUUCACAACUACCUGCGAUUAUCACUGACAGAGAGAUGCAAUCUUCGCUGUCAGUACUGUAUGCCAGCAACGGGUGUGCCGAACCUGGCACCUUCGGCGGAGUGUCUUACCGCUUCAGAGAUAGCAGCUCUUGCGGAGCACCUGGUCCGGCAACGAGGGAUACGCAAGCUGCGGCUGACCGGUGGCGAGCCGCUCGUCCGCAAGGACGUAGAGCAGGUGUUGGACGCACUCGCACCGCUGAGUGCAGCAUCUUCGACGAAUGCUGCCGUGGGAACUGGUUCGGGCGGCAGUCCUGUGGUAGCGCUCUCUAUGACGACGAAUGCGGUGCUGCUGGAGCGACACCUGCCGACUCUGCAGCGUUGUGGCAUGCGCUCAGUAAACAUAUCGCUCGAUACACUGCGGCCAGAGCGGUUCACAAUUUUAACUCGUCGGUCUGGAGAAAUUUUUCUCCCACGAGUCCUACGAGCUAUCCGCCGAGCCGUUCAGGCGGGACUAGACGUCAAGGUGAACUGCGUUGUCAUGCGAGGUAUCAAUGAUGACGAGUUACUGGAUUUCUGCGAAUACUUUGCGAGUAUGGAAACCGUUUUGCGUCCCGGACGGCUACAGGCGGUGCGCUUUAUUGAGUUCAUGCCCUUUAGCGGCAACGGCUGGGAAUCAAACCGCUUCGUCCCCUACGCCGAAAUGCUCCAACGUCUCCGCGGUCGAUUCGAGCCCGAAUCCCGGGAACAGGUGCAGCGCUCGCUCGAUCCCCAUGAUACGACGAAAUACUGGGCUUAUCGAGGUGACGGCGACUCCGCGCUCCGAGUGGGCUUCAUUACCUCAAUGAGCAAUCACUUUUGCGCGGGUUGCAAUCGUUUGCGCGUGACAGCAACGGGGCAUCUUCGAACAUGUCUCUUUGGACGAACAGAAUACGGUUUGCGGCAUCUGAUUCAGCGGGGUGACUGGCAGGAACUCGACGCAGUGAUCGAUGCUGCUGUCGCUCGCAAGGCCUUUGCACAUGGCGGUGCACGUGAUCCGCUGCGGGAUCUUCCAAGGCGAACCGAAAACGAUCGUCCCAUGACCGCCAUCGGAGGAUGA